AUGAAAACAAGAAAUGAUGGACAUGUUUCAGAAGAAGCCGAUGAAUCUAGUGACGACGAUGAGGUAGCCUUUUCACACGGUUUCGCUAAGUUUAGUGAAGUAGGGGACCCCAUAGCGGCGAUGAUGUGGAUUUCUCUGAUGGAGGACGUCUUUGAACUUAUGAAGUGUGCUGACGAGGACAAGGUAAAGUAUGGGGUCUCUGUGUUGAGAUCAGAAGCUCGUGUUUGGUGGGACAGGGUCAAGGAUACGAGUGGGGCCGCGACUCAAACAAUGACGUGGAGUCGAUUCAAGGAAGUGUUCAAAGAUGAGUUUUAUCCUCUACGCGUAGAGCUGGAAAUAGUGCAACAGUACGCGACAGUCAAACAAGAAAGCAAUGAAAGUGUGCGAGAGUAUACUGAUAAGUUUACGAAACUGUGGUGGUUCUUUUGGGACUAUCUUACUGCUGAAAAGAGAUCGAUAUACCUUUAUGUACGUGGAUUGACGGAUGAGAUAAAAGCUGUUAUCUCAGAAAAUGAUAUUAGUACAUUGGAUAAAGCUAUGCAGGCUGCCAGAGAAAUAAACGACAGGCUAAUAGUGUUGGAAAUUUAG